UUGGUCAUGCCUCUAGGUCGUCUGGGACAUCCUGCAACCUCCCCUCGUCAACGACACAACCCAUCGAGCGCGCAGAACACUCAUAUUCACCAUGGACGCCUGCCCGACCGAGCUGCACCUCUACAUCUGCCAGCUCGCGUCCUCUGUGGACGACGGGCGCACCAUCCGCGCAUUGGCCAGCGUCUCCCACUACUACCGCUCCCUCGCGCACCACCUCAUCCACACAUCCGUGUCGCUAUCUUCGGCGGAGCGCAUCAUCGACUUCGCGGAGAAGCUCGAAGGCGAAGACGGCGCCCUGCGAAGAGGGGUCAAGCACCUAUUCAUCUCCGAUCGUCAUACCUCCCCCACGCACCGCCCGCGAUCGCAACACGUGCAGGAAUCUAUAGCGCGCGUUCUGAGCUUCACGGGCCCGUCGCUCGAGACGCUCUCCAUACAUUGCAGCAGCUUGCUCUCCAGCGCGACCCUGCUCGCCCAUACUGCCUUCCGGAUACCCUUCCCCCACCUUGAGGAGCUCACCGUGCACGGCCUAUACCCCUUCCCAUCCGAUGCGCAUACCCGACUUCCCCGCCUGCAACGACUGCACCUCUCCGGUCAUCGUAACCCGCAUGGGCUCCUGCAACUCGGCGGGAUCGAGACGGCGUGCCCCGAUCUGCGCGUCCUGCGCGUCGACGGCGUCUCAGGUGCCCCCGCCUUCGCCCGCGAGCUCCAGCAGGCGAUGUGCGAGCUGCGCGACCCGCACCCGCUCGAUGAUGAGCCUGCAGGGUCGACCCUGGAGCUCUUCCCCGCGCGCUUACCUCCAUUGAUCGAGCGCGUCGCCGUGCAGCCGGCGAAGUCGGAAGCUCGGUCUGCAGGGAGGGCCGUAAAAGAAAACGCGAUGAUGCGCGUAUUUGAGUCUAUGUGCGAAGAGUUCGGGCAGGGUUCGGUCGAGGAUGGCGAGGGGUCUGCGAAGGGAGCGCCGGGCUUGGACGAUGAUGAUCUCGCGUUCGCAUUGAUCAAGCCUCCAUCGGGUACGGAGGAUAUGUGCACGGCUAUGCGGGAUCUUUGGGCGCGGAGGAUAGGUGGCGGCGAUGAUGGACUUAUUUAUUCGUAGUAUUUAUACGCACCUGUAGCAUGGCAUGGAAUCCGGAUUGCUUGUAUCUCACGUCUUGAUUCUACAAUCAUAGAAACAUACCGGUC